AUGGCGGAACAAGUACCAUAUGGAGUGACCACAAGUCUCAUCAACACGUUGGCUUCUGUAGCCUUCAGAGAGAUUGCUUCCAUCUAUGGGGUCAAAAGGGACACUGAAUGGCUCAAGAAAACUGUUGAAGGCAUCAAAGCUGUGUUGGCUGAUGCUGACCGAAAGCAGCACACUGACCAACUCAUCCAGCUCUGGAUCAGAGACCUCAAGCAAGUGCUUUACGAUGCAGAUGACGUGCUCGAUGAGAUCCAUACUCAGCAUUUGCUGCGCCACAGGGAUGCAAAGGGAAAGGGAAGGGGAAAGGUACGUGAAUUCUUCUCAUCCUCCAACCCAAUUGCCCUUCGCCUCCAAAUUGCUCACAAGAUUAGAAACAUUAGAGUGCAAUUUAAUGAUGUUGCUGAAAGUAUGUCGAAAUUGAAUUUAGUUGGAAGAGUUCUUGAAAUGAAGCGUGAAAAGAGUAACUGGAGGGAAACUAGUUCUUUUGUGCUCCAAGAGGAUAUGGUUGGUAGGGAGGGAAACAAGAGGGACAUAAUUGAUUUGUUGUUGAAUGAUGAUAAUAGCCAUCAAAAUGUUUCUUUGGUUGCUAUUGUCGGCAUUGGGGGUUUGGGGAAAACCACUCUUGCCCAGCUGGUGUACAAUGAUGCUGACGUGGAGCGUUCUUUCCACAAGCGAAUUUGGGUGUGUGUUUCCGAAGACUCUGAUGUAAAGGCGAUUGUGAAACAGACACUCGAAUUACUACUUGGCGAAAAACAGGACGAUCAACCAUUAGAACUACUUCAAAAUAAGCUUCAACAAAAUUUAGCAGGCCAAAAAUUUUUGCUAGUUUUAGAUGAUAUUUGGGAUGAUUUUCCUAGAAAGUGGGAAGAGUUGAAGAAGUUUUUGAUGCGCGGUGCUGAGGGUAGUAAGAUUUUGUUGACUACACGUGAUCAAGUAGUAGUCAAUAGAAUGGGUGUAAAAACGCCGUAUCUUUUGGAAGGAUUGAACAGUGACCAAUCUUGGACUCUGUUGAAAAGAUUGGCAUUUGACGAUGAUAAAAAAAUAACCCCAAAUCUGGAGUCUGUUGGCCAAAAAAUUGCAGAAAAAUGUAUGGGGGUUCCGCUGGCAAUAAGAGUUAUGGGAGGUUUGUUGCGAUCAAAAUUGCUAGAAAGUGACUGGGAAGAUCUCUUGAAAGGUGACUUUUGGAAGCUAAGUGAUAAUAAUGAUUUAAUCAUGCCAAUUUUAAAGUUGAGUUAUGACGGUUUGGCAAUUGAAUUAAAACAGUGUUUUGCUUAUUGUUCUUUGUAUCCAAAAGAUUGGAAAUAUGAAAAGGAUGAAUUGAUUGAUAUGUGGAUGGCACAAGGCUUCCUUAAAAAUAAAGACGAGGAACAAUGUUUAGAAGAUGUGGGUGAAGAGUACGUUCGUAUUUUGUUGAUGAAGUCAUUCUUGCAAGAUGUUGAGAUGGAUGAAUUAGGAGAAAUAGAAUAUUUUAAAAUGCAUGAUUUGAUGCAUGACUUGUCCCAAUCAUUUGCUACUAGCUUUGACAUAUACAUUGAGGGAGGAAAAGACGUUCCAAGGUGUCCUAGACAUGCUCUUUUUAAAACCUAUGACACCAAUAGUUCACUAAAUGUGCCGGAUCUAGGUAGAUUGAGAAACUUUCGUGAAAUGAAGAAAAAUUAUAGAAGGGAUCCAUCUGAUUUAUUUGUGUUAAAAUGCUUACGAAGUCUAGAUUUGUCAUACCAAUCGAUAAAAUAUUUUCCCAAAUCAAUAGGUAAAAUAAGCCAUUUGAGGCAUCUUAAUCUCGAUUAUUGUCAUCAAUUGACUUGUUUGCCCAAGAGUAUAAGUAACUUGGUCAAUUUGCAAACAUUGAGAUUGACUGGCUGUGAGAAUUUGAAAUUUCCUGGAGAUAUUAUCACAAAGUUUGUAAAGUUGCGCCGGCUUGAUAUACUAGGUUGCAAGGCCUUUGUUGAUGGAAUGCCUAUGGGGUUGGACAAAAUGACUUGUAUGCAGAGGUUGUCACAUUUCAUAGUGGGUAAUGAUGAUAAGGAGAGAAAGAAAGCCAAAUUGAACGAAUUGAAAGAUCUUAACCUCAGAGGUAGAUUAGCCAUUAAAAAACUAGAUUCAGUAAGGGAUGUAGAGGAGGAGUCUAAGAAUGUUAAUUUGAGAACAAAGAAAAACCUCAUUUCCUUGUCCCUGCAUUGGGGAGAUGACCCAAAGAUGGAAAAAAGUGAUGCCAUGCAAUUACUGGAAAAUCUUCACCCUCAUCAAAAUUUGAAGACACUAGGAAUACAAAGAUACCCUGGGGUAUGCCUAUCUGAUUGGCUUUUGUCAUGUGUAAAUCUUGUUCAAUUGGAGUUUUUUGGAUUCAACAAUUGUCAAUACUUGCCAGCGUUAGAAGGCUUUGUUUCUCUCAAGACUCUUUACAUAGGGCGUAUGGAUAAAUUGGAGUGCAUAUACUAUAAAGGAUGUUCCUCAUCAGCCAACUUCUUCCCAUCUUUGGAGGAAUUAGCAAUUUACUUGUGUGGAAGUUUAAGGGGAUGGCAAAGGGAGGCAAAUGGCCAAAAUACAAGAGAUAAUGAGUGGCAUGAUUCACUGCCUCCAUUUUCACGUCUUUCAGCAUUGACAAUUCGUGAUUGCCCAGACUUAAGAUUCAUGCUUACUUUUCCAAAUCUCGUGAGGCAUUUGAAUUUAGUCAACUCCAGCAUGAAGCCAUUGGUAGACACAUUAAGUGUGAGCGCAAUUGGGCCGUCAACAUCACAUGAUAUGACUCCAUCUCUUUCCAUGCUCAAGUCUCUUCACAUUGCAGGGAUAGAAAUGGAAGCAUCACCAGAGGAAUGGAUGCAAAAUCUCUCCUCUCUUAAACAUCUCUCCAUUCAGGGAUUUUCAGAGAAACCAUUUCUUCAUAUGCGGAAUCUAUCUGCUACACUCGAGAUAUUGACUAUUUUCGAACUUGGUGAUGAGGAUUAUAGCAUACAGUGCCAAGACCUUUGUUGCCUACGUUCUCUCCAAACAAUCGAAUUUGUUUGUUGUGAUCACCUCACAGCUUUACCCGAGUGGAUUUGUGAUCUCCAGUCACUGCGAAUUGUGCGCAUUGUGAGUUGUAAAAACUUGGAGUUAUUUCCAGCAGAAAUGUCUCGCCUCACUACUUUACAAACACUAGAACUCUCUGGAGCUCCACUUCUAGAGGACAAAUGCAAGAGAGAAACAGGAGCAGAGUGGCCAAAAAUUGCUCGCAUCCCAAAUAUACGGAUCAAUUGGUGUCGAAUCUAA